AUGGAGAGCGAACACAAGAAGAAGGGAUUUCCUGGAAUCAAGAAUGUCAUUCCUAUUCAAGGGGAAGAGACAAGAUUCUGUUGUGAUGAAGAUGAUGUUUGCCAAGCCACAGUAACAAGGACUGAAGAAGCAGAAGAUUGUGAUGGUCCUUUUCAAGCAACACAGCUGUGGAAUAGUAUUAUUCAUGCUCUUCACAGCCAGGUGGAAAUCAAAAGACGUAGACAACAUCUGAAAACAUAUAAAAACUGUUUCACCGGCUCAAAUGCUGUUGAUGUGGUACUGAGCCAUCUUAUGCAAAGCAUGUACCUAAGCUGUAAUGAUAUUUCUCGGCUGAAGGGAGUCCGUGUAUGCCAAGCGUUGAUGGAUCACAAGGUGUUUGAGCCAGUUGGAGCAAAGCUUUACCUAUUCAAGAAUGAGAAAGAAAUGGAGUUUGAAGACACAAACACUAGUCUCUAUAAAUUUGUAAAUAGCAGUCUUACUCCUCUUCUUCCACAAAAGAAUAGAGACAAUGAGAACUUGUCUCCUGAGCAAAUCUGCAAACAGAAGACAAAAAGAUAUUCUAAAAUGAAGUGUGAAACAACACUUUCAAACCCCUUAGCAUUAGAAGCAGCCAAUAAAAAGAGGGUAGAGGACCUUCUUCAAUCAAUAAACGUUCAUGCAUCUUUACCUCCAAAGAUCGUGGUUAAUGAACCAACUCAUCUGCUUUCAAAAAGAGUAAUAGAAGAUGUCUGGAAACAGCAAACUCUGCUACGACUGCUGCAGUUAAUUGAUGUUCCACUUCUAGAAGACAUCUUGGUGUCUUCAGUGAAGACAAAACCAGACUGUUUUGGCAAAGAAGAAGACCUGAUUAUCUCAAAUACUUUCCUGGACAGAGAGGUUACAUGUAGCUUAAACUUGCCUGAGCUUGACAAAUGGCUCUAUGCUGCAAUUGAAUGCUUGGAGUAUUUCCCAGACCAAUUCAUAGUGAUGGUUAGUCAGCAGUUACCUCAAAGCGCUAACGAACCGAGCAGUCUGAAUAUAUACAAGAAGAUUCUUUUUGACAUUAUAAUAAAGUAUUAUAGUCAAAAGAAGGACUCCCUUCUUGCCACUCAGGAUCUCGAUAUUCAUUCAGGGAUUAUAGAACUUAUAGAGAAAGGAAAAACAGAUCAAGCUCUAGAGGCAUCACAACUUUAUUUAAAAUUAUUAGCACCAAAUAUCCGAGAAGAACUACAUAGACUCCUGACAUUUGUAGCCAUUGCAUCUGAAUCUGAGGGCUACAAAUUACAAAAACAGUUUGAUAACAGAUCAGUGAUCAUCAAGACUUGCACAAAGUUCAUCAUACAAAAUAAGACAUUGUCAAAACCACAGGCAGAACUGCUGACUCAGUUUCUGAUGGACAAUCACUCGGAGCUUUUCAAGACUCCUUUAACUCUUCUGGAACUAACUAGUAGGAGACUUGAGAGUUUGCUAGAAGGACAAGAUCCAGAUAUCAAUUCAGGCUUCACCUUCUGCCAGCGUGUGACAACUAAAGAAUAUGAAGAUCAAAAACAACAAACAAAUCAGUAUCUUCUCGCAUUGGUUCAAGAGUUGGACAAUGACCCCACUAUUCCUUUGAAGCAGAAGAAGAAAUUAAUUAAAGAAUUCCGAAAAUACCAUUCUCUUAUCCAUUGUAGUGGUUGUAAAACUACAGAUUAUAACUCCUAUGAGCAUUGUAAAAACGUACAAAGUAUGUCAAAAAUGUUAGGAGCAGGCACGAUUGCAGCUCUCAGCCUCUUCAUUGUAUGA